UCUGGCGCUUGGCGCCUCAUUGCCCUGAGCCAGGGAGGCGGUGAGAGCUGAGCCAUGGGGGACCAGUGCGCCGCAGCGAGGAGAGCCAGAGGGGCGAGAAAGGCGCCGAGUCAGAGCAGCGCUCCGGAGCCCGCGCCGAGCCACAGCGCCAAGCCCCCUGCCCGGAGCGGGGGGCGAGCUGGGGCAGGGAGAGGGGACGCUCGGCCUCCUGGUGAGCAGGCCAAAGCCAUUAACCCCCGAGACGCCCCUUCUCGCGUUGACCCGCAGGGCGCCACAUCUGCCAGCUCCCGCGCAGAGAAGGGACCUGCUCCCAGCGAGCCGGGCUCUGGCCGUACCGGGAAGGGAGCGAGUAAUGCUGGCCCCGGUAGGAAGCCAGUCCCCGCUAGGAAAGACUCUGCCCGCAGGGAGACGGGCGCUGUCCCUAAGACAAAGGAGCCUCCCUCCAGGGGACCGCCCGCUGUAGCGUCCUACUGCUGCACGGGGGCGGACAGCAGCGGCGGGGUCAAGUCCGGUGCAGUGGGAGCCCCGCGGCUCAGGGAUGUGCUGAAGACACUGAGCCUGGGCCGGCAGGACACGUCGGAGGCAGCGGAGCUUGUGAACCAGCUCAUCCGCAAGUUGGUGUCAGCGAUCAGAGCCCGGGAGAGCACUUUCAGCUCAAUUGAUAUCCUGGGCACCGGUAGCUACUACGAGCAUGUCAAGAUUUCUGCACCAAAUGAGUUCGAUAUCAUGUUUACGAUGCCAGCUCCUAGAGUUGAACUGGAACAAUGUGAUGCCUCUGGUGCCUUUUAUUAUGUGAGACUUAAAAGAAAUCCUCAAGGAAACGAGCUAGACAAAUUUUUACAGGAAGAUGGAACAUUAGCGGCUUGUAAGAUGCUUUUUGCCCUGAGGAACAUUAUUAAAGAAAUUGUAAAGAGCAUGACAAGAACAGAAAUGAAAGUCACUGUGGAUAAAAAAAAGGCUGGAAGUCCUGCAAUAACACUUCGCAUUGGGAAUCCUCCAAUGGAGAUAUCGGUGGAUAUAAUCUUGGCUUUGGAAAUUCGAAGUCAGAGCUGGCCUGCCAGUACACAGGAGGGCCUAAAAAUUGAAAAAUGGCUAGGAAGCAAAGUGAAACAAGAAUAUAAAUGGAAGCCAAUAUACCUAGUACCCAAACAUGCCAAGGAUGGAAGAGCACUAAAAGAAGACACCUGGCGACUCUCUUUCUCACACAUUGAAAAGGAUAUGAUAAAGAACCAUGGCAACACAAAAACAUGUUGUGAAUCUAAGGGAGUAAAGUGUUGUAGGAAAAGCUGUCUGAAACUUCUGAAGCAUCUUCUGGAUCAACUUAAAACAAAAGAUGGAAACAGACGGGGGCUGGACAAAUUCUGUUCCUACCAUGCCAAAACUGCCUUUUUCCAGGCAUGUGUCCUUUGGCCAGAUGACAAACAAUGGCUGUUCACAGACCUUGAGAGCUGUUUUCAAAAAUUUUUGGAUUACUUUCUGGAUUGCCUCAACAACGCAAACCUUCCACACUUUUUUAUUCCUACACACAACCUUUUUAGUAGACGAUUGAUUGAUAAGGCAAGCAAUGAUUUCCUUUCAAAGGAAAUUAAAUAUGAAAUAAACAAUAGAUUUCCAAUAUUUGAACUGCAGAAUUAAGGAAAUAUUCUAUGCUUUUUUCAAAAUUUUCAUUUACAUUUUAUAAAUCAGCAUAUCUAAUACAGAAUCAACAUUUGAAGUUAUAUUCCUUGGGAAUUUCUGGUGCUAUGAAAAGUGGUAGUAAAGUAAUUGUGGUCAAUAAAUGAGACUUGCACAUUUAAAUUAAAUUAUGCUAUUUUAGUGGUAGAGGAGAAAGGACAACAGGACAAGUUUUUCCACAAUUUUAAGUCUGAUUGGUGCCAGGCUACUUUCAAUGGGGUGGGGUGGGGGAGAAUUAGCUAUAACCGAUACUUUCCUGCUCUCACUUCUAUGCACUUAUCUACACAGUGCAGCAAUGCAUACUAUGGGGGUGUGAUUUCUCAAGUGCAGUUCCAUGUUACACAUUAACUAGUCUGCAUAGUCCCUGCUGGCGUAUACUAAAAGCUCCCUCAUGCACAGUAACACAAUACAGUUCUACACUAAAGUGCUAGGGAACUUUUAGUGUGCACCAACAGGGUCUACGUGGACCAAUUAGUGCACAAAACAGUGCACUUUACAAAUUACGCCCCUUGUAGUGCACAGUGCCACACACUAUAGACAAGCGCUGUGCUUCUAAGAAGGCAGCAGUGAUUCAGUAGUAAAAACAAAAUAUAGAUUUGAUGCAGAACAAUAACAGGCAAACAAAUUUACAGACAAAUGGCCAUAUUAUACUCCUAGUUAUACUGGUGCAGUUCUGAAGUCAAUGGAGUUGCACCAGUAUAAACACUGCUGAGUAUCCUCCAUAUGUAUUUACAGACAACAAUCAUAACUCACCUCUAUAUUUAUUCCGAAGCGGCAACACUGCAUAAUAGCUUGCAAAAAACCAAAAUCAGUUCUGAUUUUCUUUCAUCCGUUACUUUGCUCACGUUGAGGUAUUUCGUUGGAUACUUGAGUAUUGAAUAUUCCAAAACAGAAAUGUGCUUAAGGAUAAUUAUACUUUUUACUGAUCCUGCUUUUAAGUGAUAACAACUAUAGUUGCACUUUAAUUUUUGGAUGUCAGAGUACAAGCAGCAGCAACAACAGACUUUAUCUAUUAUAUCUGCUCAGAC